AUGCCUACACCCAUCCUACGGCCCACCUCCAAGUCCCCAAGCGGUGCCGUGGCGUCGACAUCCUUCCUACGCCUGCUCCUCGACGAGAUCAGGUCACAAGAUGGCCCUACAAAGGAUGCGCCCCGACCGCCCCGACCAACCCUCAGGAGCCUACAGAUCCCACUUUCGCGCUUCAUAACUCAGCCAGAUGCCACUGGGGAGGAUAUCGACCCCUCCAAGUCGCCACUUCUCUUCUGCGACUCUGAUAUAUCGUCCAUGCCUUCACCUGCUGAGCCUCCGACUUCGGCAGUGACUUCAGCUUCAACUGAGACGACGGUUCCGAGCUCAGCGCUGACGGACUCAACUGUGCCUUCAGAUCAGAGUUCCUGGGUCACGUGUCGCGCUGACAUUGCGAAGCACGCAAGCGAGGGAGAAGCCAAGAGACAGCCCGGCGACAACAUCAGGCCAAAAAGCUGCGGAGCGACUCACCAAAACGAACCCUGGCGCCUACAAUACCUCGGUCAAGAACACCUGAACGACACGACACGCGAAGGUAUACGUCAGGGUCCCCUGAACCCCCUGAGACCCCCAGCUACCUGA